AAUUCAAUAAUUUGUGACAUUGUGUGUGUGUGAUUUGUGCUUUUUUACUACUAACAUACGGUUAUGUUUUGGAAGUAUUAUGCGAAAUUAAAUAAAUACUGAAUUUGUUUAUGGCUUUCCCAGUUAGCACUGAGAUUUGUGUUCUUUGAUUUCCAGUUUUACCUUGGAUUAUACAUUGUGUUGCUUUAAUCAAUUUUGUAUAAUUCCCUUGACCGAGUAUAAGAUAUUUAUUAUUAUUACUUCUGGCAUCCCUGGUACAUGCAGGAAAUUUUCAAAUUAAGUACUAAGAAAACGUAACUCUGGUUGGUGUUAAGAGAAAGGUGCGAAAGAAGCGUGGUUAUGCUCGAAGCAUGCCGUCGACCUCGCGUUCGCGCGGCUCGGGUCGUGGGCCGGACGGCGCGCCACGGAUCCAAGUCAUAGCGCCCAUGUCGGAGCGGCAGCAGUUGGCACUGGUGAUGCAAAUCUCAUCGCUAGAUGCCCCUCCAGCCGCUCCGACACCAGGAGAGGAACGUAAGCAGACCAGACAACAACGAAACGAACGGGGGGAGACACCUCUACACGUAGCAGCCAUUAGGGGUGACCACAACCAAGUUAAGAAGUAUCUUUACCAAGGCCAGGAUCCAAAUGUUCCAGACUUUGCUGGUUGGACAGCUCUUCAUGAAGCAUGUAGUUAUGGUUGGUUAGAAGUAGUAACAGUUCUCGUUGAAGGUGGUGCUAAUGUCAAUGCAAAAGGUUUAGAUGAUGACACACCUCUACAUGAUGCAACAACCUCUGGCAAUCUUAAUAUGGUGAAAUUUCUCAUUGAACAUGGUGCUGAUCCAUUUGCUAAGAAUACGAAGGGGCGGACACCUUCAGAUUAUGCAGCACCACAUAUUUUGGAAUACCUGCAAUCCUUAAAAGAUAACGCGAGAGCUGCUCAAACUGGUCGCACAAGGGAUGACAGUGCCAAGAAAGGUUGCAAUGCCAAUACAAACAGUGAUUCUAACAAACGAAGCAAUAUGGAGAGCCUAGCGCAGGGCGAUCAUUUUGAGGGCAAGGAAGCCGCUCCACAAGAAAAACGCAAUGUUGAAAACAGAGAUGAUGGAGUUCAGUUAAGUAGCGGAGUAGUGUCAUCAACCCAAGAUGAUUUGGUUCCAGUUAGUAGUAAUAAGCGGCCUUAUGUAGAAGAUAGUCAUGAAGCUGAGCCAGCAGAAGAUGAAUGUACAAAGCGAAAGAAAAGGAAAGAAAACGAAGAUAGGGAACUAAUGGCCAAGCCAGCGCCUGUAGCAAGGAGUGGGACUGGACGAAUCCUAACUGGUAGCAAACCUCCGGGACCGGCCAGCAAAACGGGCGCAGCGCCUCUAAAGGGAGGAGGGAAUCAGGGCAAAGCAUCUGGCUCAGCCUCAGGGAAAGGAGUACAAACCCAAGGAAAGGGAGGUGGGGCGGGUGGAAAAUCUGGUGCACAGAGUCAUCAGGGUAAAUCUGGAACAGCGAAAGGUGCUUCAAGUUCACAAGCAGGUAAGCAAGAUAGGAAAAGUCCCGUCGCAAGCCCAAGACCUCAUCAGGGGAAAGAUAACAAUGAUGAUGAAGACCAAAAGGCCGAGUCUACUGCGCCGAAAGUCCCGCCGCUAAAAAUCGUGAUACCCGGUGGAGCAAGCGGCUCUGGCAGUAGAAACGACCAAGAGGGAGAAGGCGGCACGGGGCAAAGAGGAAGCGGCAAGGGUCGUGGAGGCUCAUCGACUUUACCCUACGUGAUACCGUGUACCAGCACUGACACCGGCCAGACCUCUGACAGCUCAGAUGGCAAUUGCGAAGACAAGAGGGCGCAUGAAAGUAGUAAAGCAGGACAAAGAGUACUCCGCUCCCACAGAACGAAUGACGGUGAUAAAGAUAAGGGAAGGACCUCUCCAACGGGGUCGGAGGCUCGCUCGGGAUCGAAUCAGGCUUUGAAUUCCAUCAAAAGCCCAUCGCGCGCUGGUCAAGAUGCCGACCACGCGCACUCCACCUCAUCUGGAGCGGGGGGAAGAAACGAAGCAGGUCCGUCUUCGGAGUUGCACCCUCGGAAGCGUAAGCUCAAAUCCUCCAGAGAAAGCCACUCGAGGGAUCAUAAAAACGAAGCGCCGGACAGCACCACGGCUACGCACAACAUCACACAUUGUAACCCCUACCAGAUGUAUAUACAUAUACGGAAACAGAUCGAGCGGCGUCAGAAAGGUUUGUUUCCUGUAAAGCCAAAACCACCGAAGGACUUCAACAAAUAUCUAAUGAACAGGUGUACGUACACCUUGCAAAACACCGUGAAUCCUGAACCGCAAGUUGAUAUACCGCACACGAUGCCAUCGCAAAUGGUUAAUGAUUUUUUGGCACAUGAAAAAGAGAGGAUGCGGUUGCGUAUACAACAUUUGGUUGAAAAAGAGAAACUAGUUUUAGCCGUGGAACAAGAAAUAUUGAGAGUUCACGGGCGCGCCGAACGCGCUGUGGCUAAUCAGGCUCUUCCUUUUUCGGUGUGCACGAUAUUGCGCGACAAGGAAGUGUACAAUGUCCUGGCGCCGGAUCAGGAGGAGAAGCGCAACGCGCAGCGCUCCCGCUGCAACGGACGCCAGAUCAAUUCGUGGCUGCAGGAGGUCGACGACAAGUGGGAGAAGAUCAAGGAAGGUAUGCUUCGACGUCAGCAUACGGAGGCAGAGACGCUGCACGCAGUACAGUUAAUGGGGUGGGAGUGGAAACUCAAGGAGAUGGGUCUGUGCGACUACAAAACCUCGCCCAAGAUCGACUCCACGCACGUGCCUCAAAUACACGUGUCGAAUUUUGACUUGCCCGCUUGAAUUUUAAGUUCAUAUUGCCUGUGUUAAUGUAAGGCUGGUGCCUCUGGUACCAGCAUAAUUGCUAAUCGCGCAUCACAGCACGCAAUGCAUUAAACGCGUUACACAGUACUUAAAACGUUAAAUAACGAGGUAUUACGCGUAUCCCUGAAAAUUCAUCAGAGUGCAAUUGUGAGUAUUUCUACCAACGUUUACUUAUUCGAUCAGAUGAAAGUUAAAUACGAUUUAUGUGGUAUCGAAGGAGCGCCAUCUAGUGACAAUAUUUGAAAACCGUACUGUGACUACAUGGCGUACUUUCGAUAACAUAUAAAUCGUAUUUAACUCACAUGCGAUAUUCAACCUAUGUUAACGAAGGUAGAAAAUCUCACUCUUUGCACUCAGGUGACUUAGUGCUUGCUACUUUAGUAAGCUAGCUCUUUCUGAGCGGCGUCUACCCCCCAGGUAAUGACUUCGGGGGUAGAUUUCAGGGCGGCAUUUCGGAAUACAAAAUCAUCUGCGUAUUUUAAUACGAGAUAAGUUAUGCCAAACCUUUUGAGGUAUUCCGGUUUGCAUUCGACCAAUUUUUAAGCAAUAAAUAAAAGUAGAUAUAAAUAAAUAGUGCGUUCAAUGUACCUGCUCUGUUACUGAAUACAUGUUUUAAGUACUGCGAAAUGCUAUGGGUGGCAUGCUGUAAUGUACGAAAAGCUUUUAAACCUAUAAGUUUGUCAUUCUCGUGGUCUUUCAACACUUUUUUAAACAUCGAUUGGUAAUACGACUCAAGCGGAGCUACGAAAUUGGAUUAUAAAAUUUCAAAAUUUUUUGAUUGACUGUCGUCGCUACUUUUCUAAGGACUCUCUUCUGCGCCCGAAUUCUGGUCACGACUGAUUCUUUACUUAUAAAAAACCGAUAACAGCAUUAGCUAUAGUGCCGUAUUAAUAUUAAUUAUACCAGGACAAAUUUUUUUUUUUUUUUUUACACUGAA